AUGGACAGAACAUGGGGAGAGACAGAGGGUGUUGAAUCUGAAUCUGUGGAGGGUAAUGCAAGGGCAGAUUAUGAAGUACAAUUAGAUAGUGAUGUGGAGUUGGAAGGCAAUGAGAAUGAUGAGCUUUCAACUGAGUGUAAUGAAUUCAGGCAGUUUGUAGAAGAUGCCAACAAACCCUUAUACCCGGGUUGCAAUAGGCACACAAAGAUGAAUGUGUUGGUUAGGCUUUACAACUUGAAAGCGAAGCAUGGUAUGAGUGAUGCAGCAUACUCUGACUGGUUGAUUGCCUUUGCUGAAUUUCUGCCCAUAGGAAACGAGAUACCUGCCUCUGUGUACGAGGCAAAGAAGACUUUGAGUGCAUUGGGAAUGAAUUACACCAAAAUACACGCUUGCCCGAAUGACUGUAUUCUAUAUAGAAAACAGUAUGCUGAUGAAAUGUGUUGUCCUACAUGUGGUAUUUCUAGGUGGGAAGUCUGCAAAAACAAAAAAGAAAGGGAGGGAGUACCUGCAAAAGUGUUGUGGUACUUUCCACCGAUUCCUAGGUUCAAAAGAAUGUUUCAAUCAAUUGAAACAUCGAAGAGUUUAACUUGGCAUGCCACCAAUAGAAACAAGGAUGGCUUAAUUCGGCAUCCUGCAGAUUCUACGUCUUGGAAGUUGGUAGAUGAUAAAUGGCCAGAUUUUGGUAGUGAGCCAAGAAACCUACGGCUUGCAUUGUCAUCAGAUGGGUUCAAUCCCCAUAGUUCCUUAAGUAGCAAGUAUAGUUGUUGGCCCGUUAUUUUGGUAACCUAUAAUCUGCCUCCAUGGUUGGUAAUGAAGAGGAAACACAUGAUGCUGACCUUAUUGAUAUCAGGCCCUAAACAACCGGGAAACGACAUUGAUGUUUACCUUGAACCGUUAAUAGAUGACUUGAAGCUGUUAUGGGAAGGGGUGAAUGGAGUUUACGAUGCCAUUAAGAAUGAAAAUUUUACCCUUAGGGCUUUACUGUUCUGGACAAUCAAUGAUUUUCCAGCUUAUGGUAACCUUUCAGGAAGUAUAGUGAAAGGCUAUAAUGCAUGUCCUAUUUGCCUUGAUAAAACAGAACCUACAAGGCUAGUUCAUGGAGGAAAGAUGGCCUACACCAUUCAUCGGCGGUUUUUAGGAAGACACCAUCCUUAUCGAAAGCUAAGGGCUGCUUUCAAUAACCAGCCAGAACAUGCAACAGCUCCAGUGCCAUUGAGUGGAGAAGAAUUGUUGAGGAGGUUGGAGGAGGAAGUUCCACAGUGGCCGCACUGCCUUGAUGUCAUGCACAUUGAAAAAAAUGUGUGUGAUAGUCUAAUAGGGACGUUGUUGAACAUUCCCGGAAAAACCAAGGACGGACUGAAAACUCGUUUGGAUUUGGCGGAAAUGGGUAUAAGGCAACAGCUGCACCCAAAUCUAGAUGGUCCGAAAAAGAAGCGCUUGCCAUUGGCAAGCUGGAACCUAACAGUAGAUGAGAAAAAAUGUAUGUGUGGAUCAUUUCAUGGCAUGAAGGUUCCUGAAAACUAUUGUUCAAACAUUUCGAGCCUUGUUUCAAUGGAUGAUUUGAGGCUGACCGGACUUAAGUCCCAUGAUUGUCAUGCCUUAAUGCAACAGCUACUCCCAAUUGCUAUCCGAGGGGUGUUGGAAAAACCGGUCAGAGUUGCAGUAAUCAGGCUUUGCCUUUUUUUAAUGAAAUUUGCAGCAAGACUAUAG